AUGAAAAAAUACUUAAAAGGACAUAAUUCUCUAAGGAAGAGACACAUUGUUGAAUUACCUCUUCUUAAGGAAGAAUUGAAGAUAAAUCAAGAAUUUCUCCAUAAAUUCCCAAAGAAAGCAAUAAGUUAUUAUUCAGAGAGAUCGAAUAAUGAGGGAAACAGUUUCUCCCUUAGUACAGAGAAUAAAUUUUUCAGCCCGCUUAAGAAAUUGAAGAAUUUUAAGUCAAAGAUAGAAACUCUAGAAAUUGUUUGCUUAACCGAACAACUGCCAACCCAAUUCUUAAAAUUUUUGUUGCAAUCUAGGAUAGGAAGUGCAGGUAUAGAACACUUGAAGAUAGGCUGUCCAACUCCUUCAAAGGAAAAUAUUGAUCCUAGAUGUGACGCUUCAAGAAUCUUAAAGCACUUGGGACCUCGAGUGAGUACUAUCAUAACUAUCUCUGGUAGUGAUAUCUCUCCUGGAACUAUGCAAAAGCUUAUGAUCUCAAUUCCAAGCGUCAAGAGGCUUAACUUUAUCAAUUGCAAGAUUGAUGUCGAGGGGGCCAAGAUUCCUGCCAGAGCAACUUUCAGUCUUCAAGAGCUGGUGUUCAUCAAAUGCCAUGGAAAACAGAGAUCUGACUGGGAUUCUGAUUCUUAUAAGUUUGAAGAUUUUCUGAGCUUCAUCAGUAAAAGUUCAAUAAAAGAUAGAUACUUGUCUCUCAAAGUCUUCAGCAAUAUCUCUGAUUCAGAGAUGAGAGAAAUGCUUAGAAAUACAGGCUUGAGUGAUAGAGUAAAACUCGAAGGAGCUUACAUGAAGGUAAAGGAAUAUUACUAGGCUUCAGAAUUACUUUAGAGAUAAUAUUAUUUCGAAAAUAUUGUUUGAGAGUACA